AUGACGGUGGUGCCUGGAACGACCGUGUCGACGACGCAGCCCAGUGAUGUGGAAAAGGCUGCCAGACCAGUAUCGUCGGUCGACCCUAACCUGGUGCGAUGGGAGGAGAAUGACCCCCAUAAUCCGCAAAACUUCUCCACGGCGUACAAAUGCUGGAUCACCUUCCAAUUAGGGAUGCUGGCCCUAAGUGCCAGUCUGGGAUCGAGUAUCAUAUCUCCUGCGCAGACAGAAUUAAUGGAAUACCUUGAGAUUAGUAAGGAGGUCAGCAUCCUGGCCACGUCGCUGUACAUUCUCGGUUUCGCAUUCGGUCCCCUGUGUUGGGCCCCGAUUUCCGAACUCUGGGGUCGUCGCUGGUCGAUGCUCCCUGCUGUCUUUUGCCUCGGCUUGUUUAGCAUCGGCACCGCGACCAGCAAGAACACUGCUUCUGUGCUGAUUACACGGUAUUUCGCCGGCUUAUUCGGGUCUGCGCCCGUCAGUAAUGUCUCCGCUGCACUCGGAGACAUCUUCCAUAUGAGAGCGCGGGGGAUUGCCUCGACCUCGUACGCCAUUUGCGUUGUUGGUGGGCCCACGAUGGGACCGAUCAUCGGGGCAGCGCUGGUCUCACAUCCUUCUCUCGGCUGGCGCUGGACCGAAUACAUCGAAGCAAUCUUUGUCUUCUUCGUAUUCACGGUGACAUUUUUCUGCCUGCCCGAAGUGUACGGCCCGGUGCUGCUGCACAAGAAGGCCGUCCGCCUCCGCAAAGAGACCGGCAACGCGGACCUCUACCACCCACACGAGCACCUCAAAGUCGACGCGCACAGCAUCGUGACCAAGCACUUCUCCCGACCGUUGAUCAUGCUCGUGAGCGAACCAAUGGUGACCGUGAUCGCGUUGUAUGCGUCCUUCACCUACGCCCUCCUCUACCUCACCCUCGAGGUCUUCCCGAUCGUCUUCGACGACCUCCGACAAUGGAAACCGGUGAUCGCCACCCUCCCCUUCAUCGCCCUCUUUGUGGGCGUGCUCCUUUCCUCGGCCUUCAUCAUCCUCGUCGGUCAACCCUACUACAUCCGCAUCUACGACCGAGGCGGCGGCAAGCCCGUGCCGGAGGGCCGUCUCAUGCCCAUGGCCGUCGGUGGGUUCCUGUUCGCGGCGGGCCUGUUCUGGUUCGGCUGGACCGCCGCCCCGAAGUACCACUGGGCGCUUCCCUGCGUGGCCGCCGGCAUGUUUGGCUGCGGGUUUUGUAUUAUCUUCGGCCAGUGCAUUAAUUUCCUGGUGGAUACGUACGGACCCUACGCGGCAUCCGCCACGGCGUCGAAUACGUUCCUGCGGAGCGUGUUGGCGGCGGCCUUUCCGUUGUUCUCGCAGCCCAUGUUUCACAGUCUGGGGGUCGGGCCGGCCAUGUCGAUCUUGGGGGGUGUGGCCGCGGCAGCGAUCCCGGUGCCGUUUUUGUUUAUGGUGUAUGGCAAGCGGUUGCGGGCGAUGUCGCGAUUUGCGCCGUUCAAGGGGUAG